UAACCAUAGAGCAUGAAUUGCCUCUUGAGGUCAUCAGUGAGAAUUUACGACUGGUCAACAAAAGCACGUGAUUCCCAAACGCACCCCCCACCCCACCCCCAUAUUUGGCCGCAUACAUAGCAAAAACGAAGUACAGUGCAUCGCUAUAAUUCAUUAAUACAUCAUAAAUCCUCAAACACAGGGGUUAUAACGACCACGAGCCCCACAAAUCAAGCCCCUCCAAAAAAUCCAACCCCAAAUGAGUUCUUACUUUGUAAACUCGUUCUCAGGACGCUAUCCUAAUGCCCCCGACUAUCAGCUGUUAAAUUAUGGGACCGGCGGCUCAAUGAACGGAUCUUACAGAGAUCCCGGCAACAUGCACGCCGGCUCUUACGGCGGAUACAACUACAAUGGGAUGGAUCUGAGCGUCGGCCGGUCGACCUCCUCCGCCGGCCCCUUUGCGACGGUCGGGGAGAGCUCCCGCGCCUUCCCCGGCCAAGCCCCGCCGGAGAGCCGGUUCCGGCAGGCGUCCAGCUGCUCCUUGUCCUCGCCCGAGUCUCUCCCGUGCUCCAGCGGCGGCAGCGGCGGCGGCGGCGGCACGAAGAACAACAGCGGCGGCGGCAGCAACGGCGAGAGCCAUGGAAGCAAAGGCGCCGCGCCUUCCCCCGCCGACCAGGCUGCCUCCGCCGGCCCGGCGCCGGCCGCCAGCUUCACGGAGCUCGACGAGACCAGCGCGUCGUCGGGCCCCGAGGAGAGCGGCUCCCAGGGCGGCGGCGGCGCGGCCAGGGCGGCGGCGGACUCCCUGGGCACCCCCGCGCCGGCCACGGAAGGGCAGAGCCCGCAGAUCUUCCCCUGGAUGCGGAAACUUCACAUCAGCCACGAUAUGACUGGACCCGAUGGAAAACGUGCCCGGACGGCGUACACUCGCUACCAGACCCUGGAACUGGAGAAGGAGUUUCAUUUUAACCGCUACCUCACCCGCCGGAGGCGGAUAGAGAUCGCCCACGCCUUGUGUCUCUCCGAAAGACAGAUAAAAAUCUGGUUCCAAAACAGGCGGAUGAAGUGGAAGAAAGAUAACAAACUCAAAAGUAUGAGUUUAGCGUCUGGUGGGAGCGCCUUUCAGCCAUAAAUUAUACCGAGGAGGGCACAUGAAGGCA